AUGGCCUCCCGGAGCCAAAAGAUGAAAACUCAGCUCUAUCGUCGUCCAGUUACAGCGGCAUUCAGCAUGGGCGCACACCUCUUGGCCAUCACAUACAAAGGUCAAGACAUUUUGCUUUGGGAGCUGGAGAGCGAUUCUCUCUACGAUAUCAACAGCAGAGAGCGAGCGCGAUUCGUCUAG